AUGUCGCGCAAUUCCAUAGCGAGCAAUGAAAGCUCAACAUUUUUGAGUAGAAUGUCUUCUGCAAAAUCGUUGCCCGUUUUCAAGGGUGAUCCACUCGAAUGGUUGCGAUUCAAAAAUGCUUUUGAGACUUCAACUGCGACGGGAAAUUAUAACGAAGAAGACAAUGUUCUUCGUAUCGCGGAUGCCUUAAAAGAUAAAGCUUUUGAAGCAGUAAAAUCUUUGUUUAUGUCCUGCAAAGAUACGAAAUUGAUAAUGCAAACAUUAGAAAUGCGAUUCGGGAAUUCGAAGUUGAUUCUUGAUAAAUUGUGUGAUGACAUUCGAAAAUUACCAAACUUGAACGUAGAUGAGUCGCGAAUGAUUGAGUUUGCGACCAUUUUGAGAAACACCAUUUCGGCAAUAAAAGGGUUGAAUGGUUGGCAAGGUUACUUGCAAAAUCCUGAAAUUAUUGACAACAUAAUUAGAAAAUUGCCCGAUUCAAUUGUAACAAUUUACGCGCAUCUUGAUUCAACAAACUGUGAAAACAAAACUGAUUUGGAAAAAUUGUCUGAUUUUAUUUUCGAAGAGACAAAUAAGAGAAUCAAAAAGAAUUUAAUUAUUUUGAAAACGGCAUCUGCUCAAAACAAACGCCCGCAUAACAACGAUCGGGACAAUUCGAGAAAUAUUUUGUUGAUCGAUACUAAUAAUAAAACUGAUGAAAACGAUGAUGAUCAACAACCGCAAGCAAAGAAACGAAAAACUGAGAAAUCAUGUCUUCUUUGUAAUCGUAGAAAUCAUUUGAUUAAGGAUUGUCGCGAUUUUGCGAAAGAAAAAUUGAAUGUGCGUUGGAAAUUUGCUAGGAGCGAACGUUUGUGUUUCGUAUGUCUUGAAAAGGGUCAUUCGCGUGAAAAUUGUCAAUCCAAAAUCACUUGUGCUCGUUGUAAACGAAAUCAUCACACCUUAUUACAUUUCACUCCAAAAGAUGAACUUUCAAAGUCCGUUGAAGCUCAAAAGACUGCUCAAAUUGAUAAUGCUUCUGUAAUAAAACGUUUAUCAGCUCCUAAAUUCAAAACGAAUAUUUAUAUCAAAGGUAUAGCAGGUGAAAAAGCAGUUUUAAAGUCAAAUUAUAAAACAAAUUUGCAUGUCAAAAUUGAAUCAGAUCUUUUCGCAGUAAAUAAUUUAUUAGUUGUCAAUGAAAUUCCACUGUCGAGACAAGUUAUUGUUAAAGAAUUAGCUGAUUUUUGCAAACAGCGAACUGACGUUUACGUGGAGCCAUUCAAUGAAACUCCUCUCAUGUUAAUCGGUCAAGACAAUUGUCGUCUUAUUCUUACACGAGAAGUUCGCACGAUUAUGAAAGACGAUUUAGUUGUUUCGCGCUGUUUAUUAGGCUGGUCCAUCCACGGUCAUUUUAACUCUUCUAUCAAAACAUUAUCAAUAAAUUUGUGUAACACAGGGGUUGUGAAAAGACCGUCGAAACCACAUAAUGACAAAGAGCUUAAUGAAUUAGUAUUUAAUUAUUUCAAUCUCGAUGCUAUCGGAAUUAUUCAGUUUAAAUGUGUUGAUCCGGGUAUUGCUCGUGCAAUUAAAAUUCUAGAUUCAACUAGCAAUUACGUGAACGAUUCAUGGGAAGUAGGUUUACUUUGGAAAUCCGAAAAACGUAAUUUCCCAGACGGAAAAGCUCAAGCAUUGUCUCGAUUAUUAUCUCUUGAAAGAAAGUUAGAUCGCGAUAAAGAAUAUGCUGGUUUAUAUUAUAAAGAAAUGGAAAGAUUGUUUGAGUGUGGGUUUGCUGAAAAGGUCAUUGAAGAAUCGAGUGACAAUCGAAUUUAUUAUUUGCCUCAUUUCGGAGUUCGCAAUGUAAAUAAGCCCGGUAGAGUUCGUUUAGUUUUCGAUGCGGCUUCGAAAUCCGAAUCUGUCAGUUUCAAUGACCUUUUAUUACCUGGCCCGGACUAUUUAAAAUCUUUACCAGGAAUUUUAAUGCGGUUUCGUCAAUACAAAAUUGCAGUCAAAUCGGACAUAAAAGACAUGUUUAUGAAAAUCAAAAUUAUUGAUUCGGAUCGCGACGCGCAGAGAUUUUUAUGGAGAGGUUCGGAUCGUACAAAUGAGCCGACAAUUUGUAGAAUGCGAGUAUUAUUAUUCGGAGCCAAAUCGUCACCUAGCACAGCUUUGUAUAUUAAAAAUAAGAAUGCGAUGAUUUUUCAAUCUCAAUUUCCUAUAGCUUCACAAAAAUUAAUUGAAAAUUGUUACAUGGACGAUUAUUUAGAUAGCUUUGAGUCUAGUCAAGAAGCGAAUGACAUAGUAAAACAAGUGAUCAAAAUCAAUGAAAAGUCAGACUUUAAAAUGCACAGUUGGUCAAGUAAUUGUCGUUUGGCUCUUGUUGAUAUUCAUUCGUCAGCUCAAUCAAAAGAGAUUAUAAAUAGUUUUAAACCUGGAUGA